AUGACAAUUCCAAAACCAAGUGGGUGGCUGUCAAUUUAUCCAAGUGGGUGGCUGUCAAUUUAUCCGACAGACAGCCAGCCAAUCUUUCCACUUGCCAUUUUUGAAAAGCAAAGCCCACUUACCAGCUGCAAGUCCGUGCCUCCAGCUAAGGUCGUCGUCGAGCCCGAGAGUUCAUGUCAAGACAGCAAUAAUGGAGUCAAAACCCCAAAACCCAAGGUGGGGUUUUUCGCAAGAACUUCAAGGAGACAGUCCUCUUCACCUUUCAGAGGUGUAAGGCAAAGGAAAUGGGGAAAAUGGGCCGCUGAGAUUCGUGACCCUUUCAAAGGGCGUCGUACCUGGUUGGGUACUUUCAACACCCCAGAGGAUGCUUCCAAGGCCUAUGAGGCCAAGAGGCUUGAGCUCGAAGAACUGUGGGCCAGGGAAACAGCUGCUCCGGCCACCAGCUCUGAGAAAAGCAACAACACCUCAUCGUCUGCCGUUGUGUCUCAUAUGUCCUACGCCAACAUCCAACAACCUGUUUCUUCCGAGGACUCUGACUCUGCCUUGUCUCGAAGGUCUCCUUCUUCGGUUCUUGACUUGGAGUAGCUACCGGAGUUGGAGCCCCGGCCGCAGGCUUGAGUGUUGCUGACACCGGAGUUGAAGCGGGUGGAGCCGAUUUUGGGGAAGCGACUGGAGAUGGUGACUUGGGCUUUGUGGAUUUACAUGAUGACACAUGCAUGUGCAAGAUGGGUCUGGGGACUGGAAUUCCAUGUACAGCUGAUGUCAUGGAGAUGGUAGCUCUUGAUACAGAAGAGUUGUCUAGCCCAGUGCCCUCCUUAAGCUGAACCUCAUAGGCUCAUAUCUACCAUGGUUGGAUAACUGGAGUAGUAUUUUGGUCCAUGACCUUUGUGCAACACAGGUUGCAGACGAAAUGCUUCCAGUCAUAUCGGAGAUUACUACUGUCGCUUUAUCUCUGUGCUUCUGGACCUCACCGACGCUUUGACCAAGUGCCAGGUCUUCUCACAUGAGUGGAAGAUGCAUAGUCAUCACAAGACUCAUUUAGCAGUCUUCAACCAUUUGAGUUUGAGGAAGAUUUGUUUCGUGUGGAGGAUGAAGAAGCGUCUGGCUGCAAUCAAACGCAUCUUCGAGGCUGAGUUUAUGAAGAAGGAAGAAAGCUUCACAAAAAUUUUGGUCGAAUAUCCCAGCUGGUAUUUUAGAGAUAUUCGUGCUGAUAACGUGUUGUAAACGAAAUAAAAAUUGGAGAGAAAAACGGAGGAAGCAGAGGAAAACUUCUCUGCAAUCGGAAUUGAUCAUUUCUCUAUGUGUCCCUUACAAUGGGGGAGGUGAACCCUUUUGUAGGAAAAUUCUUCCAACAUGUGAACUCCAUCAUAUUAUUCAUGUGGGCUCCAUCAUAUUAUUUAUAACAUAUACGUCUUUAUUAAUCACA